AUGUACUCUGGCCAGUCCAGUACUCUGAGCCAAGGUCACAGGGGCAUAACCGUGCAAGAGCUCUGGGACUUCUAUGACCCCGAAUCCAGCUGGCUGGAAGCGCAGAGGUGGAGAUGCGGGAUCUGCCACAAGUCCUGCUGCUGUGAGAAAUGCGUGGAACCUGAGCCGACACAGGAAGCCGAAACGCGGACGCAGGAAGAAGGAGAAGACGAGGGCGGAUCCGACGACAACUUUGCCGAAGAGGUCGUGGAGCAGAUCGGCGCGGUGUUCGCGGGCAUCGAGAGGAAAGUGGCUGAAGAGAAGAGGGCUUGGCGCAUGUGCUUCAACCGAUUCAAGCCAGAGACCCACGGCCGCUGCAGCCACUGUGGUGCCGAGGGCGGACCAGGACGGUGGGAGGAGCGGAACCUCUAUGAGGUUGUUGAACACAUGGUGAAGCCCAUCUGUGCGCAGCUGCGGGUGAGCUAUGUGGAGCUUCUGCGGCGCGGACCCGAAGGCGAGGAGAUGGAGGGCGUAAAGCCUGAUACCUUCGUGUCUCACUGGUGGGGCGAGGAGUUCCCGAAGUUCGUGCGCACGCUCACAUGCUUUGCGGAAGCACGCAGCCGGCGACUUCCGUGGACAGUUUGCACCACUCCGCAUCGCAAUCCGAAGACUUGGGCCUUCUGGAUCUGCGCCUUUGCCAACAAUCAGUACGCCAUCGAGCAUGCCCUUGGUGACUUCAGUAGCGAUGUGACGCCGCGGACAGCCGUCAUGACAAGCGCUUUUGCCACUGCACUGGAUGCUGUCAGCGAUGUCGUGGCUGUGCUGGACGACCGCGCGAUUAUCUACACCAGGAUUUGGUGCUGCUUCGAGCUAUUCUCCGUGGCGCGCUUGAUUCCGGACCGA